AAUCCAAAACAAAAACAAAUAAACAAACAAAAAAUUUAUAGUAAGCUUCAUCAAAUCUUAUGUAUAUAUAGGAGUACCUUGAUUAGGUGACAUACAUAUUAUUGAAGAGAGAAAGAUAAAGAGCUUGUAGAAUUAAGGGUGCAAUGGCAUCCCAAAGUGCUAAUUAUCCAUUUUUCUUAAGCCUCUUUCUACUAGUUAUUUUCUCUUUAACCAUCACCAUUAAUGCUCUAACAAAAGAACAAGAAUUGGAUCGUAUUACAUCACUCCCAGGACAACCUCCGGUGACAUUUUCGCAGUUUUCCGGCUAUGUUACUGUCAAUGAAGGACAUGGAAGAGCUUUGUUCUAUUGGUUAACAGAAGCUACUACCCAUCCUGAGAAGAAACCUCUUGUUCUUUGGCUCAAUGGAGGUCCAGGUUGUUCAUCAGUAGCAUAUGGUGCAUCAGAAGAAAUUGGUCCAUUUAGAAUUAAUAAAACUGGUUCUUCCCUCUAUUUAAACAAGUAUUCUUGGAAUAAAGUGGCAAAUAUACUCUUCCUGGAAUCUCCAGCUGGUGUUGGUUUCUCUUAUACAAAUACAAGCUCUGAUCUUAAGGAUUCUGGUGAUAAAAGAACAGCUCAGGAUGCACUAAUAUUCCUCACAAGAUGGAUGUCAAGAUUUCCACAGUAUAAAUAUAGAGAUUUCUAUAUUUCUGGGGAGAGUUAUGCAGGGCAUUAUGUUCCCCAACUAGCACAGGCUAUUGUCAGUUACAACAAGAAAUUUCCACAUCCAAUCAUCAAUCUCAAAGGACUCAUGGUAGGAAAUGCAGUUACUGAUAACAAAUAUGAUGGAAUUGGCACUGUGACAUACUGGUGGAGCCAUUGUAUGAUUUCAGACAAAUCUUACAAGAAAAUCAUGAAUUCUUGCAACUUCACAUCUGAAAACUCAUCAAAGAAGUGUGAUGAAGCAGUGAGUUAUGCAGUGAACCAUGAAUUUGGUCACAUUGAUCAGUACAGCAUUUACACACCAUCUUGCAAGGUUAAGAAUAAUGAAACAAAUUUGAAGUAUGUUAGAUUCAAGAACACAGUUAUUCAUAGGCCACUCUCUGGCUAUGAUCCAUGUACUGAGAAUUAUGCAGAGAAAUACUAUAAUAGACACGAUGUGCAGAGAGCUAUGCAUGCUAAUACCACAGGGAUUUCAUACAAAUGGACAGCUUGCAGUGAUAUAUUGUUAAAGAAUUGGAAGGACUCUGAUGUUUCAGUGCUACCAAUUUACAAGAAACUAAUGGCUGCUGGUCUUAGAAUAUGGGUAUUCAGUGGGGAUACAGAUUCUGUAGUUCCAGUUACUGCCACAAGGUUCUCUCUAAGCCAUCUUAAUCUCAAGAUUAAAACUCCAUGGUAUCCCUGGUAUUCUGGAACUCAGGUGGGAGGAUGGACAGAGGUGUAUGAUGGACUUACAUUUGCAACAGUAAGAGGAGCUGGCCAUGAAGUUCCGUUGUUUCAGCCUAGAAGAGCAUUUAUUCUUUUUCAGUCAUUUUUGGCUGGCAAGGAAUUACCAAAAUAAAUUGAGAAAUCCAAUCAAGAUUGCAAUCUUGAAGAAGUUGAGAGGCGAGAAAAGGCAAUUUUAAUUUAUAGCUCCCAUGAAAAUCAUGGGAGUUUUGCAAAUUAAUUAGAGUUAGAAUUGAUUCAUUUGAAAUUUGUGUAUCGAAAACUCAUGUUCAUUUCUCAUUUUCCCAGAAAUGAUGCUCUAAGAGAAUCAGGUCUGUUUAAUAAUUUUUCCAUAUAUCUACAAUUCUCAGUUCUGUUA